GUAAAACUGCAUAAUAUAAAAUUCUUUGUGUUGGACGAAGCGGAUCGUAUGCUCGGCAACGAUUCAUCAUUUUACACAGACGUGAUGAAUUUGGUCCGAACUCCUGGCUUCCCAUCGGUUGCGAACCGUCAGACGCUUUUGUUCAGUGCCACGUUCACAAAGGAAGUUCAGGAUCUAGCCGCCGAGCUGCUGAAAAAAGAUCACGCAUUUGUAUCAAAUGGCAGAGCUGUGGCUGCAAACCCACUUGUCAAACAGCAUUUCGUUGAGGUUGCUUUUUGUUUUAAGUUUGUCGUUGUGAGUUUUGUCACUUGA